AUGUCUACCAUCAAAACCAUCUCCCCCACGACCAACAAGGUCAUCUGCGAACGUCCAGAAACCGCGCUCGAUGAAGCUCGCGAUAUCGCCCGUCGCUCCAAGGAUGCGUUCCAGUCUUAUCGGAAGCUGUCCCUCUCUGAGCGCCGCGCCAUCGUGACCAAGGCCCUGGCGAUUAUCCAGGAGCGCAAGAUGGAGCUUGGCCGCGAGCUUUCAGAGCAGAUUGGACGGCCCAUUGCCUUCAGUCACAAGGAGAUUGAGACGAUGCAGAAACGUGCUGAUUAUCUGCUGGAGAUUGCGGAGGAGUCGCUGGCCAGCUUGCCUGGGAGGAUAAAGGAAGCUGGGUUCAAGAGAGAGAUUAAGAAGAUUCCCGUUGGGCCGACACUGAUCGUCUUUGCAUGGAACUUCCCCUACCUCAUCAUUGUCAACGCUCUCGUUCCCGCCCUCCUUGCCGGAAACUCCGUCAUCCUCAAGCCCUCUCCGCAGGUUCCUCUCGUAGGCGAGCGAAUCGCCGAAAUCUUCGCCACCGCCGGCUUGCCCAAAGGUGUCCUCCAGGUCAUCCAGUCAGGCAACCCGGUCACACUCAAAGAGAUUGUCAAGCUGCCGGAGCUGGGCUUGGUGAGCUUCACCGGCUCGACGGCGGGUGGGCUUGCCAUCCGCGAGGCUGUGGCGGAUAGUACUGUUCCUGUCAACUUGGAGCUUGGUGGUAAUGAUCCGGCGUAUGUGCGACCGGAUGCGGAUCUGGCGUAUGUUGCUGAACAGUUGGUGGAUGGCGCUGUGUUUAACUCUGGCCAGAGUUGCUGCGCCGUGGAGCGCAUCUAUGUUCAUGAGGACGUACAUGACCAAUUUGUCAAGGCGCUUCAGGAUGAGCUCAAGAAGUAUACUCUUGGUGAUCCCUUUGAUACCAAAACAAUGGUCGGUCCCGUCAUCUCUCGCGCCGCUGAAAAGACCAUCAACGCGCAAAUCUCCGAUGCCCUUGCCAAGGGAGCCGUCAACGCCACUCCCGAGAACAAAUCAUUUACCAGCGCUUCCAAAGACGGUAACUUUGUUGCUCCCAUCCUGCUCACCAACGUGACUCACGACAUGGAUGUGAUGCGUGAGGAAACAUUCGGACCAGUUAUUCCCGUUGCCAAGGUCAAGGAUGAUGACGAGGCGGUGCGAUUGAUGAAUGAUACCGAGUACGGCUUGACUGCGAGCGUGUGGACAAAGGACAUUGCCCGCGGCGAGGAGUUGAUUGAGCUGCUCGAGGCCGGUACCGUCUUUGUGAAUCGCUGCGACUAUCCAAACCCUGACCUUGCAUGGACAGGUUGGAAAAAGUCCGGCUUGGGUUGCACCUUGGGGCCACGCGGGUAUGACGCUUUCGUUAAGCUCAAGAGCUACCACGUGAAGGAAAAGCAAGGAUAA